GAGAAGAAGUUUGGAAAUCUGAUGUGAAAUUUUACGUCGGUCUCUGUAUUUUUCCGUUAAAUAAUUACUAUUUGUCGUUUUUUCCCUCCAUACUUAAUCUUUUAAUAGACGGCCGCAGUUACCAUACUUCGCCGCUUUUAUUCUCCCGUAAUAAAUGUGGUGAAUUACUGUGAAAUUUUAUUUAUAGCAUGGCCUUAGGUUCUCAAGUGGAAUCCAAUGAUUACGGGACUAUCACCAAAGAAAACACAAAUGGAGUGAACGGUGGUGUUACCAAAGAAAUCAAAACAAUGGCUGUGUCAAACGGUAUCCCGGACAACAACAACAAAACGAUGACGAACGGGUACCACACGAACGGUUCGAGCGAGGAACGCCAAGAUUCGCCGGUCAAGCAGACGGGCUCGAAGAAGGGCGCGAGCAUGGUCACUUCGGUCAACAACAACGUCUCCGUCAACGGCGAAGGAGAGGGCACGAAGAAAGACACCUGCUGCUCAGGCUCCAAGCACGAGGAGUCCUCGUCGACCGUCGAGAAAGGAGAAGUGGAGGCGAGCGAGAAAUCCGCCGAGAAGAAAGAGGAGCCCGAAGUCGUCUUCAUCCAGGACAUGGGCUUCACCGUCAAGUUCGUGUCUCCCGGAUCAGAACCUUUCCACAUCCAGGUCUCAAGUAUGGAAAUGGUUCAAGAAAUUCACCAGUUAUUAAUGGACAGAGAAGACACUUGCCACCGUACUUGUUUCUCACUCCAGCUGGAUGGAAAUACAUUGGAUAACUUUGCAGACUUAAAAAGUAUUGAAGGAUUAAAUGAAGGAUCUGUAAUCAAGGUUGUAGAAGAGCCAUACACAAUGCGGGAGGCUCGAAUACAUGUCAGGCAUGUGAGAGAUUUGUUAAAGUCAUUAGAUCCUGCAGACGCAUAUAAUGGCGUUGAUUGUUGCUCAUUGGCAUUUUUAAAUGUUAUCACUCAAGGUGAUAUCCUAGAGAAGAAAAAGAAGAGUCAAGAAAGUGUUGAUUGUACUCCCCCCGAAUACAUUAUGCCUGGGUGUAAGGAACGACCCCUAAUGCCUCUACAUCCUUUCAGCAAGGAACAGAAAGGGCCUCAGUGUAUUAAGGUUCUAACGACGUCUGGUUGGAACCCUCCUCCUGGUUGCCGCAAAUUACAUGGAGAUUUAAUGUACCUGUAUGUGGUAACGUUAGAAGACAAACGUCUUCACAUCACUGCCUGCACUCGUGGGUUCUUCUUGAAUCAAUCGUCAGAAGAAGAAUUUAAUCCAAAGCCACUAACACCUAGUCAUCUCAGUCAUUCACUCAUUGAGUUAUUAAAUCAGAUCAGCCCUGGCUUCAAAAAGAACUUCUCAAUCCUACAAAAACAGAGAACGUCUAGACAUCCAUUUGAGCGUGUUGCUACACCUUACCAGCUGUACUCAUGGGCUUCCCCUCUCUUGGAUCACACGGUGGACUCCAUCCGAGCUGAAGAUACUUUCUCAUCAAAAUUAGGCUAUGAAGAACAUAUUCCUGGGCAAACAAGGGAUUGGAAUGAAGAAUUACAAACGACGCGAGAGCUACCAAGAAAAAAUCUACCUGAGCGACUCCUAAGGGAAAGAGCAGUUUUUAAAGUUCAUAGUGAUUUUGUAGCGGCAGCAACGCGAGGUGCUAUGGCUGUUAUUGAUGGAAAUGUGAUGGCAAUAAAUCCAGGAGAGGAGGCUAAAAUGCAAAUGUACAUUUGGAACAACAUUUUCUUUUCACUCGGGUUUGAUGUUCGAGACCAUUAUAAACAACUUGGAGGUGAUGCUGCAGCUUUUGUUGCUCCGAGAAAUGAUCUGCAAGGUGUACGAGUCUACAAUGUGGUUGAUCAGCCCGGUCUGUACACGCUAGGAACUGUUGUGAUUGAUUAUCGAGGUUACCGUGUCACUGCUCAGUCAAUUAUACCUGGUAUCUUGGAGAGAGAACAAGAACAGUCUGUCGUAUAUGGAUCCAUUGAUUUCGGGAAAACUGUUAUCACCCACACAAAAUACAUGGAUUUGCUCAGUAAAGCUGCUCAGCAGUUGAAAAUAUUACCUCACAAAGUUCUAAAUGAUAAAAAUGAGGAGGUAGAAUUAUGCUCCUCUGUCGAGUGUAAAGGCAUAAUCGGUAAUGAUGGUCGGCAUUACAUUUUGGAUCUAUUGAGGACGUUCCCUCCGGAUGUCAACUUCUUGAAAUUGGAGGAUGAAACGUUGAGUGAUGAGGUUCAGGGACAAGGUUUUCCUAUCGAACACAAACAUAAACUUAGUUGCUUACGUCAGGAACUAAUAGAUGCCUUCGUUGAAUCAAGGUAUAUGCUGUUCAUUAAGUAUGCCGCCUUUCAUCUUCAGCAACUCGGUUUGAAGGAACAGAGAGAUAGAGAAGUGAACCCUCCUUCUCAAGAUAAAAAUGUGCCUGCCAUUACAGAAAAGGAGGUAAAAAAGACUGACAAUUCCACGACUUGUACUGAAAUUGAGAAAGUAACAGGAGAGAAUUCCUUGGAAACGGAUGAAGCAAAAAAGAUUGUUGAAAGUAUGACUGAUUCAAUGACUAAUGUGGAAGAAAGUACAAAACAAAUUGUUAAAAAGGCUGCCCAAGCAAUAGGUUCUUUGAAAGACACAGAAUUUGACGUUCGAUUCAACCCAGAUGUUUUCUCCCCGGGAGUGCGACAUGCGGAUUCUGAAGAUCAACUGAAGAAAGAAAAGAAGCUAGUGAAAGAUGCGGCUGAGUUUCUUGUCAUGCAACAAAUACCAGCCUUUAUUCGAGACUGCAUGGAUCACUCAGGAGCUCCGAUGGAUGGAUUUGCAUUGUCCGAAGCUAUGCACUCACGUGGAAUAAAUAUUCGUUACCUUGGAAUGAUCACAACAAUGCUAUCAAAAAUUAAACAGCUAGAGUACCUGUUGAGCAUAGCUGUCUCUGAGCUGAUAACAAGGGCAGCAAAACACUUAUUCACAAGUUACCUCCAGAACACAGAGAUGAUGUCCUUAUCUGCAGCUGUUGCCCAUUUCCUAAAUUGUUUCCUGUCCUCUUGCCAAUUCAACAAUACUCAAUUCACCACAGACGAGUUGAACAACAAAGUCUUUAAAAAACGGACUACCCAACGCACCAAACGCAAGAGCCGCAUCAACCGACUGGUAAAUACAGACAGCAAUGAGUGGAUCACUCUGACUCCUAAGUAUCUUUGGUCUCAAAUUGAAACAGAACUUAAGUCCUACUAUGCUUGGGAACUAGUUCCUAACUCGAUUGAAAGUGUUUGUGAAACAUUCACGUUGCAGCGCAUAUCGCUGUUGCGGUCAUUUUGCAUCAAGACUGGUGUACAGAUAUUACUCCGUGAGUACAACUUUGACAAUAAGAAUAAGUUCACUUUUGUAGAAGAUGAUAUUGUAAAUAUAUUCCCUGUGGUGAAACAUAUCAACCCCCGUGCAAGCGAUGCAUAUAACUUUUACACAACAGGACAGUCCAAGAUUCAGCAGGGCUACUUGAAAGAAGGCUACGAACUCAUCAGUGAGGCAUUGAAUCUGCUCAACAAUGUUUAUGGAGCAAUGCAUCCCGAAAUUGCCCAGUGUUUGCGCAUGCUGGCACGACUCAAUUACAUCAUGGGCGACCAUGCAGAGGCUAUGGCGUAUCAACAGAAAGCUGUGCUUAUGUCAGAACGAGUCAAUGGCAUUGAUCAUCCCUACACUAUCACAGAAUAUACUCAUCUAGCACUCUAUUGUUUCGCAAACAAUCAAGUUAGCGCAGCUUUGAAACUACUUUAUCGAGCGAGAUACUUAGCAUUGAUAGUAUGUGGAGAAAACCACCCAGAAAUAGCACUACUGGAUAGUAAUAUUAGUUUGAUCUUACAUGCUUUAGGGGAAUAUGAUUUGUCACUUAAGUUCUUAAAGAAGGCAUUGGCAUUGAACAUUCAAUUCUAUGGUCCAAAGUCCUUAAAAGUUGCUGUCAGCUAUCAUCUCAUUGCACGAACAGAAAGUUGUAUGGGUGAUUUCCGAUCCGCGUUAAAUAAUGAGAAAGAAACUUACACGAUUUACAAGCAACAAUUUGGAGAGGAUCAUGAAAAGACGCGAGAGUCAUCCGAUUGCUUGCGGCACCUAACACAUCAAGCGGUCAUCCUGCAAAAGAAGAUGAAUGAGAUCUAUAAUGGCAAAAUGAGUGCCUAUUUCCCGCCCAUCCAAAUUCAACCUCCUUCAAUGGGGUCUGUCCUAGACAUGCUGAAUGUGAUCAAUGGAAUUCUUUUUGUUCAAAUUAGCCAGCAAGAUAUUGAGAAUUUCAAAGCAGAAAUGGAGAAGCGUGCUGCUGCAGUCUCAGAAAUAACAGAUGAGAAAACGGUUGCAAAGGAUAAGCAUGAUGAACCAGAAGGAGACCUUGAAGCAAAAUCAAGAAAAAGCGUUGUGAAUCAAGCUGUGAAAGAGGGUGGUUAAGUAUAAAACUAUUACUUCAUCUUCACAAAUCAGUUCCAUUGUCGUAGUGAAAGUUAAUGUCAAUAACUUUGUAGUGUUUUUUGUAUUUUUUACUUUUUUUUUCUUAGUUCAAGUUAUUUCAGUGUGAAAACCUUUUUUUUCCUUUUCAUUUCAAGUUGCCUUAUAUUUUUUGAAGGAUAUCAGCUUUCAAGAUCGUCCUUCUUUCAAGCAUCUAGUUUUCAUCCUUAGAAAAUAGAGUUUUAGGAUUUUAAAAAAGCAGGUGGCCAUAAAAAAAGGCAUAAAUAUGUUAAAGGCAAAAAACUGCAUUAAAGUCCUAUGACUUAAAAUUUACCCUCAUCACCCCCCCCCCCCCUUUUUUUAAAAAGUAAUGUCUUAUUCUUGUUUCUUUAUUCAAGGAAUAUUUUCCAAAUCACUCUCUCAAAAACAUUUGCCAACAUUGCAUUCCCCAGCUCAAUUGAUUCUUUUGUUUUCUAUCAAUUGGUUGUUCGACAUGAUCAACUUUCCCCUCGUUUUUGGCGAUCCCUCUCAAACUGUAGAUGUGCACCAGAAUUGCACUGUUUUUUAAAUGACACCGGUUUUAUUUCUUCUUUUUUUGAACUCAUUGGCUCAGAAUUUUUACACACGAUUUUAAGAUUUUUUUUGUUCUAAGUUUUUUCUCUCAGCUACAUACUCCGCAGAUGCAAUAUGCUUGCCCGAGUAUUACAGUAUCAGAAAAACCAGAAAUUAUGUAGCAUGAGCUAAUGAAUGUAACUUUUCUUCUUUAAAAUUAAAAGGAGCCAUGCAAUUUCUGUCAAAAAUAAUGUGGGAUAGAUCGGUCAAUUGUAUCAGAAUGCAGCCCAUCAGAAGAACCAACCGUGAAACAAAACCAGUAGAUCAAGUUGCUCAAGUUUGAACAAUUUCAGUGUGUCGUUAUAGACACGAAAGGAAAAUUUCAAACAUUUUAAUGUGAUUUAAUCUGAGCAACUCUCAUACUACAGAAAUAAAUCAAAUACCCCCAGCCUCUCCUACUAUUGAUCCUUCAGCUCUGAAGUUUAAAUUUAAAUAAUGUUGCACUGAGUGUUAAGGGUUACCAGGGAAAAGUAUGAACACUAUUCUUUAGAAAUGACUCAGCAAGCAAGAGGUUUGUCCAUCUUUAUCUCAUUGCCAGAAUCACCAUGUAGGCAUCGUGUGAAUUCAAAACUUAGUAUCGUUGUUCUAAACAAAUUUUGUUGCUGAUCUUUGCAUAACGUUCUUCCUUAACCACUAUAUUGCCAUUCAAAAUCGUGACAGAAAUGCUGUAUCUCAGACUUCUUUCUUUUUGUUCAAUCAUCGUUAUCAUACAAUGUUAACUGUUUUUUUGGUUGAUACCAUCUUCAAUCCAAAGUUAUUUUAUAUGUAGUGCUUUCCCCUCCCCAAUUUUCAUGGUUCAAAUAGAGGUGGAUUUAAAUUGUAAGCGACUGAGUACUAUCUAGUUUAGUUUUAAGGUUUUAGUUAAUGAAACCAACUGUUUCUUUUUUGUUUCACUAUUAGUCAAAGCUUUUUGUAAAUCUUGUUAACUUUUGUUAAUUGUUUGAAUUGUUAAAUCAAUUAUUUUUUCUCUGACAGGCGUCCAGACUCUAGACAUGGUCUGUACUUUAAUUUCUCAUUUAAAUAUAUUUUGCACUAUUUGUUGUUAGCUCAGUACUAUUCUUCUUUCAAGCAAAAUAUAAGAUGAAUUUUGGAUUGUAAUCUUUAAUCUGCUUCUUUGGGUAAGUUGAACAGUUAUGCGUAGGAUCAUAUAGUCUAUAAUUCUAGAGUUAAAAGAGAUUCAAGUGGUUAUUAAAAAAAUUAGUUGAAAAUUAUUGACAAUUAACCGAUCAAGUUUGAAAGAUCAAUUCUCUUGUCUACUUCAUCAAUUUUUUUCUCUUUUUUUUUUCCAUGUAGAAACUAUGUCUUAUCUCUUUGUAUUUCUGUCAUGCAAUUUAGUAGGUCUCUAAGUUGCCAAGAAGCACUAUGCUUCUAGACCUAUCAGAAGCCAGAACUUUGUAGUGGGACUCAUCUCAUUCAGAACAGCCAAAAAGUAGCCAAUUGUCUGCCUGGUGUCACUCAAUUCUCAAGGAGUGUUCUGUAAUUCACUAUUUUGGACAUGGAACUAAAGCAUUGGACUGAAUGAGACAUUCCUGAAUUCACCCUUGGCACUGACUAACGGUUAUUUACUUUUCAGUCAAAAUCAGAAGUCAUUUGUUAGCAUGGAGCCAUCUAAUUUUCCUUUAUUCUCUUGCGAAAAGUUUAAAAUAGUAUCCAUGAAUUUCGAAUAGUUUGCUUUUGUCUGGAAUAUCAAGAAAAAUGACCUUCCAUUCUUCCAGAGUCAUUCGUCUCAUUUGGCAGGGCUAACUGGGGGAAACUAAAAGGUUCAAUUAUUUGCCAUUGCUUUUGACCGGUCUAAUGGCAAGUUUUGGCCAUUUCAAGUGAAGUCCAUGCCAAGUGAGAUUAUUCAUUUUGUGAUGUGACUGAUGGAUCUCACUCCGAUAAUAGAUAAAUGUAUUUGCUGUGAACUUAAUUCUGGAUGCCUGGUUCUGCUCAUUUUGUAAACUCUCCUGGAACAGAAGGAAGUUUUGCAAUUUUUUGCAAGUUUAUUACUGUAAAUUUUAUUGCAUAUGAAAUGGUUCAUAAUAUCCCUUGCCAUCCUAUGUUUCUCCUCUGAAAUUGAAACUUUUUUGAUACCUCCUAAGCCUUUAUACUUAAUGGUGAAUAGGACAGAAUAAUUAAAUGUAAAUAUCAUCAAGUAGUCCAAGUAAUCUGAAAACAGUGGUCCUUGUGUCUAAAAUAUUAGUUUGUUGAUCAUUCAUCAUUCAAUUAAGUCCAGUUUCCUUCUCUCCUCCUCCCUCUUUUUUUCAUUUUUCAUUCAAAUCUAAUUGUCUUUGCAACAGCCCUUGCUCUUUUUAGCUCUAGCUGUGGAAAAUUAUUUUCGUUAUUUGGCAAAGACUUUCGUCUCUGAAAUUUUGCCCCAAAAUGAUAAGUAUCAUUUUAAGACUAAUUGAUUCCAGCAUAAAAAACAAAGAGCUCUAAAAAGUAUGAAGUAUGUUUCGCUGUAAAUUGUGUUCACCUUAGCAAACGAAACUGCUUGCCGCGAGUUUCUCUGCAAAAGAUUGUAUCCCAUGAUAGAAGGAAAACAGCUAAUGACAGAGGACUGACUUUCCUCUGAUUGGUUCAUCCAGCUGGUACAUCAGAUACCUCACUGUUUUCCUCUAUCAUGUAUACCAGUUCGAUCUCAGGAAAGGCAAUCAGUGUUUUAAAGAAGGCAAAGUUGCUCAACUUAUUCAAGGAGACCAUCAGAGUAAUUGUUGGAAGUAGAGUUUCAAGUUACUAUUGUCUGUCUCAGUUUUUUCAGCCAUAUUUUUAUCAUAAAAUUGAAAACAAUAUGAGAAUUCCCCAUUUUUUUUCCUGCCGAUUUCCCCAGCAUUGAGACACAACCUCCUAGGAAUUAUGCAGGAUAUACUCACCAAAAAUAUUUUCUUUUUUUUAAUUGAGGUCAAGAACACCUUCAGUGUGCUUGUGUGUUGAUUUGAGAAUUGAAGAAAAAGAGGUGAAAGACUGGAUCUUUGAGUUUCUUAAUUUUUUUUCAGUUUUUUUGGUUUGAUUUUCUUGUGGCGAAAUGAAGAAGUCAAAAGUAUGUUUCCUUAUAUUUUACUAUUAGUUUAACUUCCUGUAUCUUGCUGUUGUUAUGAGCUUUACUUGUUAUAUGACUGUAUUGUUAACAUCAUUUUGUUAUUUUAAUUCACACCUCUCUUAAAAAGUAAGUAUUCUCAAGUCCCAUUGUUGGUCCGAUUUUAGCUGGCUCUAAUGAUAUAAGUGUACACUUAAUAAUGUAAGUACACUUUUUGUACUGAUAAUUUUACGACUCGAAAAUAUUUACUCGAGAAGAGAUUUACCUAAUUUGAAAUCAGCAUCAUAUUAGAGAUAGCAGGUACAGAAAGUAUCUUAUUAACACUAUAUAGUAAUAAACAUCAAGUCAGGUGCUCUGAGACUAGUAAUAUUAAGAAAUCAUCUUUGAAUAGCAUAUCAAAAGUAUGACUGAGCUAAACCUUGACCUUUUUUUAUUUUAUUUUUUAUCCAAGGUAUCAGCACAGUUUCUGUACCACCAUUUAAAUUUAUUUUUAAACCGCUUAAGUAUAAAGGUUUGCCGUUCACUGAAACAUAGUUUUGUUUUGUGUUUUUCACACUGUCAAUUUUUUCCUUCUUUCUUCAAGUUUCAGCAUGUAAUUACUAUGUUUGAACUUAAUUCCCCUCAAUUGAGUACUGAAAGAACCUUCUUAAUUUUUUGCUUUAAGGGUAUUAAAAGAUGUUCUGAUCAAGAGGAGUCAAAGCCGUUCUCCUCUAAAAGAACAAUGGUUGGUGCAGCAAUUGAAUUGAUCAAAUAUAAAUAUUUUGGUGCAAAUAGCUCCGGGCUAGGAUUUUGUUGGCUAUGGUUGGCUGUAAGUUUGGGAAUCUAACUUCAAAAUGUGAAUUAUAGGUAAGCAAAUUAUACUCUAAACUUAUGCUAUAUGCAAAAUGAGUUUUUUUUUUUUUUCACAGCAGCUAGAGGUACCACUAAUUCCCCAACAGUGAAAACCAUUACUCAACAAUCAAAUUACAAAUUCAACUUCCUUGCCUCAACUUGCAACCAACCGCAAACCUGCCAACAAUAUUCGGCCCCUGUACUCUUAAGACGGUUGUCAGUUUUAUUUUGUAGUCAGUGGAGAGUCUUCAGCUUGUCCUUGUUUUGGUGACUCUACUUGUAUUUCUUGUUAAGUUUAUUUUUGUCAAAAGAAAAUCGUGAAUUUUGUUCUUGGGCUCUAUUCCCGGCUAUUGGUAAUUUUCACCGAGCAAAUUUGCGCGGUACAAACAAAACAAUCAAAAUUUUCUUUAUAUUAACAACUAAGUUUUACAGUUUUUUAAUUCUCUUCUUAUGUUGCCACAGAUAGUAGUGGAUAUUCGUUAAGUGCGGUUUUCUUGUCAAGAUCUUGCUCUAUCUCAAACACCUUGCAAUUUUACUCUCAAUUAGUGUAAAAUAUGGUAACAUCCAAUACUUAAGUGUCCAAAUGAUUACAAAGCUCAUAUUUUGAACCACUUGUCUCUCUAGUCGCAAAUUUACGUCAGAUGAACAAUCUAGCAGCAGGAUUUUUGAAAACAUUCUCAGUGUAAAUGUUAGUUUUUAUCUUUUGCUUCUCUUAGAAUACCUGUUAACUCUUUGUUAGUCCCAUAUUUAUUUUUUUUUAUUUUUUUUUUCCUACAAAAGGAAGAAACAAUAUUUGUAUCCACGCAUGUUUCAGUUUAAUUGGCUAAACGUUCAAGUUGUAAAUUCCUGAAACUGUUUUUCUCCAGUUUUUUCUCUCUAAUUGGCAGUGAAUUCUUGUAUAAAUCCUCAUGAAAUGUGUACUAUGUGCUCAUUUUUUUUUUUUUUAAAUUGGUCCUCAGAGAAGCCAUGAAUUUAAUAUUCCUGCUAUCUCAAGAACAAAAUGUUACUUAAGAAUCGAAAAUUUGGCUAGAUCUAUCAUUUUUUUGGGUAUUGAAGACAUUGUUCACUCUAUCUACUCUAGUAUUGUGCCAUGCAAGGACUCAAAGUAUAGAGCUGAUCGCUAUCUAAUUGGUGAUUAAAAAAAUCUAAUGGCCAUGAAGUGUUCAGUCAGGAUUUAUUUCCCCAUGUCUAAAAAAUGAUAGCUUUACUCUUGAAUUUUUUUCAACUUCAAAUAGUUAUUGUUUUAGUCAGAGAGAAAUCCCCUCAAUUCUUCUAAAUUUGUUCAUCUUUUUCAAUUCUAUUUGAAAAAAUAUUUCAUUUUGUGAUUCUGUUUGGUUGGAAAAAACAAUAAUUGAAUUUUACUCAGACGUGCCUUUUUUUAAAAAGUUUUUUGUUCCAAGGACUAAACUUUCUAUCAUCAACAUAAUUUUGCAGAUUUUAAUUUUGUAAAAUUAAUGAAGAAAAGAUGAUAAAACCAUUGCAUCGAUUUUUGACAACCUUAAGAAAAAUUACCUUAUUUUAGUCAAUAAAUUGUAUGCCAUGCAGAUUUUUGCAGCUUGAUAGUUGCUAAGAAAGUUUUCUCCUUUUGUUUUUUGUUUUUUUUGUGUGUGUCGACUAACCAUUUUAAUUAAUUAGAUACCUGUAGUAUCACUGUGAUUGAGUGUAAAUUUUAAUUUAAUAAUGCCACUUAGUAAUAUCAUUAUAGAUCAAACCAUUAGCUGCUUUUCACGUAGUGGUUUUGAACCUAAAUAAUAUCCAGUAAAGUGUGGGUAGAUAGUGGUCAGGGGUAUGCCAAAAACAAAUUUCAUCCCAGCGUAUGGACAAUACAUUCAGAAACAACUUUAAGAGCUAGUCAAAUUUUGGUUUGUUUUUUUUUUCCUUUCUUUCUUCUACCUCUGACUGAAUUGGUCAAAUUCUGUUUUUUUUUUUAAAUUUCCACUAACUUCAUCAAUGAAGGGUUGCAAUAAUCUUGGAUUGUAAAUUGAAAUAUCUUUUCAAGAUUUUCUCGUAUGCAUUAUUUUACACUCACAUUGUCGUAAUUCUAUGACACAAACUUCUUCUAAUCCAUCUACCUAAUCCAUAUUAUUAUUUCUCCUUCUGAAAAUGUUCAAGAGAAUGCAGCCUUUUUUAAAUUUCUCCAUCUUUAGGUCAGCCACGUCUGUAUGUUUUUGCACCACAAGUACAACAAUUCCUUCAAAAUUCCUGAAAUGCUCAAUCAUAAUCAUACCUACAUUUCAGUCUUAACUGAUGUGGUGUGUCUAGAUACUGCUUUCCUUAGCUUUUCUGAGGUAGCUUCACUUUUUUGCCAGAGUUUGCACUUCCAACCCAUACAGUAGAAAGAAAGGAAUUUGGCAAUCCCAGUAAGCCAGUCAAGGAAAAAUGUGUACCAUUUAAGAGUGGUUAAUACAUGCUCCGUCAUUUAUGUUGCAUAUUCCAUUGUACCUAUUACUCUCGGCUGAAAAAUGAGGCUAUUGAAUGCUUUCAUCUUCCUCUGUUUCAAUCAAUUUUCUUAUAAUAUAUUUUUAGUUCAGAAUUGGUAUCAUAAAUUUUCUCCAGCACUUGGCAUUUAAAGAAUCGUGAAAAGCCAAGUGUAGUCAUAGUGAAUUACAAUUUUUCCAAAUGUUGUUGUUAGUCAAACUCAUUAGUUUAGUUAAAUUAAAGGAACAAAUGUUACUAGAUCUAAUAUGCGCCUAGAAAAAUAAUCAAAGCAUCUUGUCUCUGAUGCUAAGGGUUUUUUCUUCUUUUUUUUCUCUCAUACUUUGUCCAUGAAAUUUCAGGCAACUUCCUGUUGUUAAGAACCAUUGUUAGUACCUCCCUUGGCUCUCAAGAAAUUUGUAUUUGUCGUUCUCUUAUGUUUCUGUCCUUUAAGAUUUAUUUUAUGAAUACCUAUUCUCUACUCAAGGUGCAUAAAUAUUUCAUGUAUUGCAUUAGGCAUUAUUAUCUUAAAGAUAGUUCGGUGUGAACUUGUAAUUGUAAUUAAUUACCAUGAAGUUUGUUUAUUUUAUGAUAUUUCUCAAAUUCUGAACCAAAACCCUUGUAAAAAGCAUUUUCCAGAACUCUUGAACCAUCAAUAGUUUUGGUGUAGAACCAUGUUUUAAAACAAAUUCUACUAGUAUUUUUAGCCAUCUAAACCACUGGUUUUUUCUCAGACAGGGUUUCUUAGCCUCAUUUUGUUAACUUAUUCAAUUUUUAGUAGAAGAAAUAAUUCUUUGCAUCAACAAGAUUGGUGCAAUAAUUUAUUGUUACUCCAAUGAGGUUAAGUUUUUCGUCAAGGAACUUCCAUUUUCGGCUUUUUUCAGAAACAUUGUAUGUGUAUUUCCCAAUGCAUAUAGUUGCACUCAUUUAUGAGCCAGAAAUAGUAAUUCCUUAGCACAACAUGAAGUUCAAUUCUUGUCAUAGAGCAGAACACUUAGGUUUCAUUCUUGCAUCAGAAUCUUGUCCAUAAUGCAGGCAUUCGCUGGGAAAAACCCCCACUUAUUUUACUGAUUCAAAGUUGAUUUAACUUGAAUAAAAUAUUUUAGAACAAAGGAGGGUGCUUGCAUGCCUGUAUAAUACAGAUGCAAUGAGAUGGUGUUUAAAAGCUGUACAUAUUACAUCUGUGAAGUGUUCAAAAUAUGGCCGUGAGAAAUUAUGAAGAGGAAUUUUCCAAGUCUCUUGAAAAUUGUCCUACACAUUUCGAUAAAACUUGGUCACAUUAAAGUUUAAGAAUAUGACAUGCUUCUGGACUUUAAAUAACUUAAUAUACCACCGAAUUCGUACUGAAAGAAAGACAGGUUUUACUCAACAAAACGUUUUACUUUCAUAACCUUCUUAUGAUUAUUUUAUAGACAACAAGCAAUAAUAGUACAAUGAAGAUGCAAUUAUCUACAAGAACACGUCUUUGAAAACGGUUUUUCAGAAUUGCUGAUUUUACUUUAUUAUUGUAAGGAAAUAUUACUAUGAAUUUUAGUACACACUUUUCAAAAAAGGUUCUUUGGCGGGCUAAGAAAAUCACACAAAAUCUUUCCGUAAGUGAUGCUCGGUUACCUUUUGAAAUAGCGAAGUAUGACAGAACAUCUGCAACCCUGAAAAUCGAGAUACACGUUUUUACAGUUUCACUGUCAAGCAGGAUCAGAUUAUCCUAGUUCACUCAUAAUUUAGAAUCUCUUAGGCCUUUUACUUCCAUUUUUGGUCUUAGGAAGCGGAGAAAAAGGAAACCUCUGAAAGUGGCUCGGAAUAGAUUUAUAAUAUAGGUGUAUAGGGUUUUUGAUAGUCUGACCCCUUCUCUUAAUAAAUAUUCUUCUUUGAGCAUACAGAAAUUUGAACAGUCGACUGCUCAUUUUCAGCCAUGCCAGCACCUACUAUGUUUAUUCUAGAUCACCGUAGGUUUAUCCAAGGAACCAAACAAAAUAUGCAGAAGCUUAUCUUAUGUUCCAAAAAAAUUAUGUCUAGACUUAUUUCACAGCCUCAAGGGCUAAUCUGAUCCAUUGUUACAUCACUGAAAUUGAAGUAUAAACAUGAGCUCCUGACGUGAAAUGGUUCUUUUCUCAGCCAUUAGCUACUUACUCACUAAGCCGUUGAGAGGUGGAGCUGAUGAGAAUUAACACAAGAUUUUAAUCACCAAUAAACUUUGAAAAUUUACAAAUUAUUUUGCAUUUUCUGAGGAGUAUUUUAACAUGUUUAUAUUGUUUUUCUUUUCUUAAUUCUCACUGGAACUACUAGGAGAUCUGAAAAUUUAGACAGUUUGCAGCAAAAUUUCUUAUAUUUCACAGAAGUUCAGUUAAUUGAUUUGUUAAAUUUCUAAAAUCAUAAUCAUCCUUCUUUUUUUUCGAUUAGAGACCAUCAUUGUCAAGCCAUGUCAUUCUACUACUAUCUUCUGUGAGUCAAAUUAAGUGCUAGUUUCUUUAGAGUUUAAUAUGUCGGUUAGCUUCCUCUUAAUUUUGAUACAGCUUGUUUCAAGAGGUUAAUGUUUGAUGAGAGGGUGCGAAAUUAGUCUGCUCCGUUCAGGUACUUUUUUUUUCUUUUUUUAAAAGCUGUAAUUAUCUCAUGCCUUAGCUUUAACCACUGCAGUCAUUUGCCAUGUUUAAUAGCGUACGGGGAAAGUUAGAAGUAGCCAUGGAAAAUUUAGUAGAUCCUUCAAAUUUUUUGUUCCGUCAGAAAGAUGUAGAUUUUUCCUUUCAUUAUUCUGUUUUAUGUAAAUAUACACAUUUUAUAUUUUUAA